AUGGGCAGGAAUCAGGGUGCCUGGAGACGGCAGGUGGCCAGAGCCCGUAUGAAGGCUCCUCCAUCGGUGACAGCGGUAUGGCAGCCCCUUCCAGUGUGGAUGAGACUGUAUUUCUAUGGCAUGCACGGCCUGACCCUGGACGUACUGAGCUCCUGCCUCCGGCGUCUCCCCAGCCAAGACUACAGCCUGCUGGGCUUCUCGUCGCCCUACCGCUGCCUGCUGCACGCCGUCGCCCACCUGGCCCUGGAAAAGAUCUACGUGCAGAAGAAGAGCUUCCCGGAAAACGGCUUGGCGUUCCACUUUGUCUUCUACCCCUCCGUGUUCGUGGGCCUGCAGAUCCUGCUCCGGAAAACGCUGCUGCAGUGCUACCCCCAGGAGCUGCCGCUGAGCCCGGCGGAGCUGGGGCUGCAGUACGGGCUGGCCGUCUAUUACUCGUACGGCUUUCUCCGGAGCUUCCUGCGGCUGCAGUAUGAGCAGAGACCGGAGGGUGCGGAAAGCGGCCGGCGGCUGCCGCUGGCGCUGCGCUUCGUCUUCUACGGUAUGCACGGCUUCAUGGACGAAGUCUUCUUCACAGCCGCCUUCAACCUGCUGGAAAAGCCGGGAGACCCCCUGAGCGGGCACACGUCCCUGUGGUCGUUCUUCAUGUAUGGCAGCUGCAGCCUGGUGGUAGAGAAGCUCUACUUCUACCUGGCAUGGAGCAGAGGAUGGGGGUUCCGGAGGAGGCUGCCCGUCUAUAUCGCCUUUGUCUACACCUGGGAGUUCUGCUGGGGCUUGGGACUGCGAACAUGGGACGCCUGUUCCUGGGAUUAUUCGCACUAUCCAUUGAAUUUCAUGGGGCUGGUGACCCUCAUGUACCUACCGGGCUGGGUAUUUCUCAGCUUCUACCAGGAUCUGCUGUCCAAGGUGCUGGUGCGGAUACGUUAUGUCUAGGGAUGGGGUG